AUGGCCGUGGGCAAAAACUCCAAAGUUUCUAAAAAGGGAGGUAAGAAGAAGGCCGCGGAUCCUUUCUCGCGCAAGGAGUGGUAUGAUGUGAAAGCUCCAGCUCAGUUCACCAACCGUGAUGUUGGAAAGACCAUCGUCAACAGAACUCAGGGAACCCGUAAGUAAUUUAUUUUUACUGUAUUCGUUUUUUAGGCAAUGUUUUAUUGGUUAUUUUAUUCUCGGUUUUAGGAAUUGCCAGCGAUUUCUUGAAAGGCCGUGUCUUCGAGGUUUCUCUUGGUGAUCUGAACAAGAACGAGUUCGACUUCAGAAAGUUCCGUUUGGUCGUUGAAGAAGUCAAGGGGAGAAACUGUCUCACCAACUUCAAUGGCAUGACCUUCACCCGUGACAAGCUCUGCUCCAUCGUCAAGAAGUGGCACGUGAGUAUAAUUUCUCUUUUUUAGACUCAGUUCUGUUGUCGAUCAGUAUUAGUUUAACGUUUUAGACUUUGAUCGAGGCCAACGUUACCGUUAAGACUACUGACGGAUAUCACCUCCGCGUCUUUGUCAUCGGAUUCACCAAGCGAAGCCCCAACCAGGUCCGCAAGACAAGCUACGCCCAGACCUCUAAGGUCCGUCUGAUCCGAGCCAAGAUGACCGAAAUCAUCCAGAAAGAGGUGAACGGCUCAAACUUGACCGAAGUUGUCAACAAGCUGAUCCCCGACUCGAUCGGCAAGGACAUCGAGAAGGCCUGCUCCCGAUUCUACCCUCUUCAAGACGUAUAUAUCCGCAAGGUUAAGGUGGUCAAAAAGCCCAAGUUUGAUCUUGGAAAACUUCUGGAGAUCCACGGCGAGCUCGGCGCUUCUUCAGGAAGUGGUAAGGUUGACCGCGCUGAUGCUGCCUACGAACCCCCAGUCCAAGAGAGCGUUUAA